AUGUACUUGUCUUAUCUUAAGUUUAUUUCCUGGACAAUUGCUCUUAAAUGUGUAUUCGGCGCUGCAGAGCCUCCCGUCCCGCAGAGACAUCCGGCCCGCCAGCCCCGGCGCGGUCUCGGCCAUGUUAACGCUGCUUACUUUGUAAACUGGGGUAUCUACCAGCGAAACUUCCAGCCUCAAGAUCUUCCCGCCUCAAAGCUAAGUCACAUUCUUUACGCGUUCAUCAAUGUGCGAAGUGAUGGGACAGUUUUCACGGCAGACACUUGGGCCGAUUUGGAGAAACAUUACCAAGGAGAUUUCAUGCUUUCCAUCGGUGGCUGGACCUGGUCUAGCAACUUUGCAGCUGCUGCAAGUACCGCUACGACGAGAUCAGCUUUUGCCAAGUCGGCAGUCACCCUGAUGAAGGACUGGGGCUUCGAUGGUAUUGACAUCGAUUGGGAAUAUCCUUCUAGCGGACAGGAUGCCGACAAUAUGGUCUUGCUCCUACGGGCCGUGAGAGAUGAGAUGGACCUGUAUGCUACCAAGUUCGCGCCUGGCCAUCAUUUUCAACUUUCAGUCGCUGCCCCUGCAGGCCCUGAGCAUUAUAGCAAACUACGUUUAUCUGAGCUGGCCGAUAUUCUCGAUCAUGUUAAUAUCAUGGCUUAUGACUACGCAGGGUCAUUCGGCAAUGUGGCUGGUCAUACCGCCAACCUGUAUGCAAAUAAAGACCUGCCUAAGUCUACCCCCUUUAACACGGACGAUGCUAUCAAGGCCUACAUUGAAGGUGGAGUACCUCCCGAGAAGCUGGUCCUGGGGAUGCCAAUCUACGGUCGUUCCUUUCUAGAGACACCUGGCCUGGGUGAGCCAUACUCAGGCGUCGGGCUUGCCAACCCAGGGCUGGGUAGUUGGGAGGCUGGUAUUUGGGACUACAGUGCCCUCCCCAAGGAAGGCGCCGUCAUCAAUUACGACCAAAAGGCACAGGCUUACUAUAGCUACAAUUCUAACACACGCGAGUUGGUUUCAUUUGACCCGCCAGAUGCCGUUCGGAAUAAGGUCUGGUACCUGCAAAGGCUCGGUCUAGGAGGAGCCAUGUUCUGGGAGGCUUCAGGGGAUAAAGUGGGAUCAGAGUCGUUAGUUGAAACGUGCUUCGAAGCACUGGGCACAAUUGACCAGACGGAAAACUGGCUUGACUAUCCAGAUUCGAGAUAUCACAACAUCGUCUCCGGUAUGGAGUGUGAGUGA